UACGCGAGAUUUAUCUAUCCCGAAACUACCCCUUAUCCUCUCCAUUUCCUAUCCUCUUUCUUCGUCUCUGGAGACUGAAGCGAGUCACAGAACACACCCAGAGAAAGAGGAAGAAGCAGCAGAGAGCGGAAAUGGCAGCGACUCUCUCCACGUCGAGUACAAUCCGCGCCUCGUCUUAUCCUUCACCCCCUUCUGCCUCUUAUCCUACGCACUUCUUCCUCUCCCGACCCAACUCCGUCGAAUUCCCGUUCCGUCCCCUCGGCGGCUCUUCCCACCGCGCCAACCACCUCCGCCCCGUCGCUGCCGUCGAAGCCCCGGAGAAAAUCGAGAAGCUUGGCACUGAGAUCUCGUCCCUUACACUCGAAGAAGCACGUGUCCUCGUCGACUACCUCCAGGACAAGCUCGGCGUCUCUGCCGCCGCAUUUGCCCCAGCCGCGGCGGUCGUUGCCGCUCCGGGAGCGGCCGACGGAGGAGGAGCGGCGGCUGCGGUGGAGGAGAAGACAGAGUUCGAUGUGGUCAUCGACGAGGUUCCAAGCAGUGCUCGCAUAGCAGUGAUCAAGGCUGUCAGGGCUCUGACGAGCCUGGCGUUGAAGGAGGCAAAGGAUCUCAUCGAAGGGUUGCCGAAGAAGUUCAAGGAAGGUGUGUCAAAGGACGAAGCAGAAGAAGCCAAGAAGCAGCUCGAAGAAGCUGGUGCUAAGGUUUCAAUUGCUUGACGGUAAGAAAAUGGUUCAUGUCCUUUUUUUUUGUCCGUUGUUAGCAUAGUUUGCGUCUUAAAUUGUUGAUUUUGCUUGAGAGAUUAUUGUAACUGGAUCAUUUCGAAGCCUGGACUUUGCUCAGGGAAAAUGCAUGCGUUGUUAAUGCUAUUGCUGAUAACCUGUUCGUCGAAAUGCCUAGCUGAGAAACCCAGCUCUUCAAUUUGCUAAAAUUGUGAACUUUUUUUUCAUGGGUUUAA